AUGGGCGAGGAGAAUGUGGUGAUGGCGGACAGGGACCGGGGCGCCAAGCACGCCCACGUGCACCGCGUGCUCCGGAGGAAGAGCCCCUUCGCCGACGCCGAUGCGUUCGACCCAGGCGAGGAGACGAUCUCGUACCUGCACGACACAGCCAAGGUGCUCGUCAUCGGGGCAGGCGGGCUGGGAUGCGAGAUCCUGAAGGACCUGGCCCUAACGGGCUUCACCGACGUCCACGUCGUGGACAUGGACAGGAUUGAUGUCACGAACUUGAACCGGCAGUUCCUCUUCCGGCAGGCCGACGUGGGCAAGCCGAAAGCGGAGGUGGCCGCAGCGUUCGUGAACAGGCGGCUGGGCCACCUGGGCGUCCGGGUGCAGUUCCACGUCGGCAAGAUCCAGGACUUUGACGAGGCGUUCUACAGAAAGUUCAACGUCAUCAUCGCAGGUCUUGACAACAUCGACGCCCGCAGGUGGAUGAACGCCACCCUGCACGACAUGGUCGAUAGAACAUCUGGGGAGCCUGACCCCAGCACCAUUAUACCUUUGAUUGAUGGCGGCACCGAGGGCUUCAAGGGCCAGGCGAGGGUGAUCGUGCCCUUCAUGACCUCUUGUUUCGACUGCUCGCUCGAUGCUUUCCCGCCUCAGGUCAACUUCCCCCUGUGCACGAUCGCCGAGACCCCACGGCUGCCCGAGCACUGCAUCGAGUACGUCCUCGUGGUGAUGUGGGACAAGCAUUUCCCUGGCAAGAAGAUGAACAACGACUCGCCAGAGGACAUGAAGUGGGUGUACGAGCAGGCCCGCGAGCGCGCGGAGACAUACAGCAUUCAGGGUGUUACGUACCAGCUGACGAUGGGCGUCGUGAAGCGCAUCAUCCCGGCCAUCGCGUCCACUAACGCGUUGAUCUCGGCCGCUCUGGUUUCCGAGGCUUUGAAGAUAUCUACGUAUUGUGGGCCUGUCCUUAACAACUACAUGAUGUACAUGGGGCAGACUGGUGUGUACACGCACACAUUUGAGUAUUCAAAGAAGGCCGACUGUAUGGUCUGCGGCGGCGGACGGCUCACGCUGACCAAGCCACCCGGAACGACCUUGGAGGAGCUCCUGGAUUCGCUUGCCAAGGACCCUACGUACCAGCUGAAGAGGCCGUCCAUCUCCGGCAGCAGCGGCAUCAUCUUCAUACAAAACCCGAAGCCGAUAAGAGCGAAGCACGAGUACAAGUUGAAGGCCCGUCUUCAUGUCGCUGCGAGUCGUCGUCUUGGACGCUGCUCUUUGACGCCGCUGUGCUCUUCCAAUCAUCGCAUGAUCUCAAACGAUAAUUCUGGACACUUCGCGUAA